AUGAUGUCCGAAAAGGUGGGAGCAAUGGGUGGUAACAUGGGAGGACAAUUCGACGAUGGUGUUUUUGACGGUGUUAAGAAGAUAACUGUCGGAAAAGACAAUGAUGACUGUGUAUCAUAUAUCAAGAUCGAAUACGAGAAGGACGGGAAAUUUGAAACUCGUGAACACGGGACGAUUCGUGGGGAACUAAAAGAGUUUGCGGUGGAAUAUCCGAAUGAAUACAUCACAUCCGUUGGUGGAAGCUACGAUCAUGUUACAAAAUAUAACGCAGUGCUGAUUAAGUCGCUAAUAUUCAAAACCUCUUACAGCAGAACUUCUCCGAUACUUGGUGCGACAACAUUCUUUGGAAAACCAGCUGGGAAAGAGUUCAUGCUCGAGGGUAAAAGUGGAGGAAAGCUUCUUGGAUUCCAUGGACGUUCUGGCCAAGCUCUUGAUUCAAUUGGACCUUACUUCUUCGCUUUAAAUCCUCCUCUUAAGCACUUUAGCCUUCAAGGUGGGAGUGGAGGCAGAGCUUGGGACGAUGGUGCUUAUGAUGGUGUUAGAAAAAUACUUGUUGGACGAGGAGGUAAGUUUGUGAGUUACGUCAGGUUUGAGUAUGCAAAAGGACAAGGAAUGAUACCACAUGCUCAUGGAAAGAGACAAGAUGUUCCACAAGAGUUUGUGGUGGAUUAUCCUAAUGAACAUAUCACGUUAGUGGAGGGAACCAUUGAUGGCUACCUUACGUCACUUACGUUUAAGACAUCAAAAGGAAGAACAUCCCCUGCUUUUGGAAAUGUGGUUGGCAAGAAAUUUGUGUUCGAGGAGAAAGACUUCAAGCUUGUUGGGUUUUGUGGUCGUUCCGGUGAUGCUAUUGAUGCCCUUGGUGCACAUUUUGGUCCUCUUCCAGCCCCCGCUCCAACUCCAACUCCUGCCCCAGCUCCCGCUCCAACUCCUACUCCAACUCCUACUCCUACUCCAACUCCUACUCCUACUCCUACUCCUACUCCUACUCCUACUCCUACUCCUGCUCCUACUCCUACUCCUACUCCUGAUCCUGCUCCAGCUCCCGCUCCUGCUCCUAAGCCUAGUCCUGCUCCUGCUCCAUCUUCUACAAAGAUGGGACCGAUCGGUGGUGACAAGGGAAACACAUUCGACGAUGGUGUUUUCGAUGGUGUCAAGAAAAUAACUGUUGGAGCAGAUGAAUACAGUUUAACUUAUAUCAAGAUUGAAUACCAAAAAGACGGAAAACUCGAGAUCCGUGAACAUGGGACGGCUCGCGGGGAACUAAAAGAGUUUUCAGUGAAUUAUCUGAAAGAAAAUAUCAUAGCAGUUGGUGGAAGUUACGAUCACAUUUUCAACUAUGAUACAACGCUUGUCACAUCACUAUACUUCACACUCUCCAGUGGAAGGACCUCUACAAAAUUCGGUAAGACGAGUGGAACAGACUUCGAUUUCAAAGGUGAAAAUGGAGCAAAGGUUCUUGGCUUCCAUGGACGUGGUGGUCAUGCUAUUGACGCCAUUGGAGCUUUCUUCGAGACCGGAUCCAAAAAGCUGUCCCUGUCCGAGAAGAAGGGACUGGUCGGUGGUGAAAAGGGAGACACAUUCGACGAUGGUGUUUUCGAUGGUGUCAAGAAAGUUACUGUCGCUGCUGAUGAAUACAGUGUAACUUAUAUCAAGAUCGAAUACGCAAGUGACGGAAAAUUCGAUACUCGUGAACACGGGACGGCUCGUGGGGAACUAAAAGAGUUUUCGGUGGACUAUCCGAAAGAAAACAUCACAGCCGUUGGAGGAAGCUACGAUCAUAUUUUCACCUAUGAUACAACACUUAUCACAUCGCUGUAUUUCACACUCUCUAAUGGGAGAACAUCUCCAAAGUUUGGUAAGACGAGUGGAACAGACUUCGAUUUCAAAGGUGAAAAUGGAGCAAAGCUUAUUGGAUUAUAUGGACGUGGUGGUCACGCUAUUGAUGCCAUUGGGGCUUACUUUGCGACCGGUACCGGUUCUGGACCUUCUGGUGGACCCCAAAAGGUGGAACCACAGGGAGGUAAAGGAGGCAACCAAUGGGACGACGGAGCAGAUCAUGACGGUGUGACGAAGAUAUACGUUGCAGCUGGUGGUCAAGGGAUUCAGUACAUCAAAUUUGAUUAUGUUAAGAACGGAGGGACAAAGGAAGGACCUAUCCACGGUGUGAAAGCCAGAGGUUUCGUUUCAACGAUUGUGAUUAAUCAUCCGGACGAGUAUCUUGUUUCCGUGGAGGGUUGGUUCGACUCUUCCAAUAUUAUUCAAGGAAUUCAGUUUAAAACAAACACAAAGACUUCUGAUUUCCUCGGAUAUGAAUUUGGUGGAGAUGGGACACAAUUUUCGCUACAAGUUAAGGACAAGAAGAUCAUCGGGUUUCUUGGGUUCGCUGAUACUCAUCUAAAUUCUCUUGGAGCUUACUUUGCACCCAUCUCUUCCUCUUAG